CUCGUUCCGGGGCGCCGUCGCUGUGCUCCGUACGCUGGCUCCUGGUGAAACAGUGAUGCACCAGCAGCAGCCAGAUCCAUCCCUCACUAAUCUGAAAAAGAGGUGACUUAUCAACAUAUGACAUUCUCCAGGAGGAUAUAAUGAGAUGAGACAGAGGAUGCCGAACUGACUGUGUUAUCAGGAGGUCUCCAUUUGGAACUAUCAGUAGAGCUUCUGUGUCUCCUUAGAGAUAUCAGUUAAGAGCACUAACAAUGCAUGGCUUGUAAGCCGUCAAUCAUGGCUCAAAGGAAGAGGCCAGGGACCACUGGGGGGAACUGUUUGCCUGCUCCAGGCCCUGCCUCCUGUCCCACCCCUCAUCCUGCUAAGUCAUGUGAUCCGAAAGCUGUCCCAGCACGGCAACGCCCACUGCGCUACCACAAAGAGCCACAUGAUCCAGUACCCCACUCUCAUCCCUGUAAGGCACAAUAUUCUUCUCACAAGUCUCAAGAAGUGGGUCACAGUCACCUGGAAGAAGAUGUAGAUGCAGACUUGAAUGUGAAGCGGUACACCAACCAAGAUGUUGAUUCAGAGCAUGAGAGUCAACGACCACCAACACCAUCCACACCUGAACAUAACCAUGACCAUGACCAGGCAGAUUUCCACGGUGGAGAUGACAGCCUGGAUGAUGACUCCAGCUCUGACUAUAUCAACAACACCUCAGAUGACGAUGAAGACUAUGAUGAUGGACUAGCAGAGGAAGAUGAGGGUGUGACUUACUACAUCCGCUACUGCCCAGAAGACGACAGCUACCUGGAGGGUAUGGAUUGCAGUAACCAGGGGGAUUGCAACCACAGCCUCAAGCACAGCCAGGGAGAGUGUGCUGCAGGCACCAUGCAGUCAGGCGGAUCCCAUACUGAUGAAUGCCAAGAGGCUGUAGAAGGGUGGGCUGAGGAGGGGGAGCCAGAGGGGGAGAUGAGAGAGGAGGAAUGGGUGGAAGAUGAAGAGGGAGAAGAGGGGGAGGUCCGCUGUGAGGUGGUAGAGCAAGAUCCUGAUGAACAGAUAUACAAUGGACGACCAGAGCCCAUCCUCGACCAUCACCACCACCAUCACCACCACCAUCAGCCUGCCAUGCAAGACACCUUGCACAUCAGACAGGGUGACAGAGAGGAGGUGGAAGAGUGUGAGGACUACUGCCCCAAUGAGGAGGAAGAUGAGGAAGGUGAUGAGGAGGAGAGACAUGGAAGGGCUUACACUGGAGACUACUAUGCCCCUGAAGACAAUGGGAAUUCAGUCCGAGUCUCUCCUUACCACAGCCGUAAAGUAUUAGUGGUGGAAGGGGAGACGGGGGAGGAGGCUGAGGAGGACAUUGACCAAAUCGUUGCUGAGAUCAAGAUGAGCAUGAGCAUGGGGAGUCUAAGUAGUGGCACCGACCAAAGCCCAGAAGAGCUGGCACAGGACCCCUCACCAAGUGACUACCCUCACUCUAAGCCUGAGGCUGCCUCCUACCCACCACCUCCCCACCGUCACGACAGCAGGCCUAAGUCCUUGAACCUCCCCUCCAUGCACCACAACAAUCCAGACCUCCAGAGAGGUGUCAAGGCACAUCCAUGCUCCCCUGAAGACAGACAGAGAUGGCCACAAGAACAGGUGAGCAAUGGUGCAGAGCAACCCAGGAAACAGCAGCGGUCCGACCUCAACGUUCCCCUGGAGAACAACAACGUACCAGAGCCAACAAAGAAGGUUGCAUCGUUUCCCAGCUUUGUUGAUGUCCCAGGACCCUGCGAGCCAGAAGACCUGAUUGAUGGCAUUAUCUUUGCUGCUAACUACCUGGGCUCCACCCAGCUGCUGUCUGAGAGGAAUCCAUCCAAGAACAUACGCAUGAUGCAGGCCCAAGAGGCCGUCAGCAGGGUCAAGAGGGUACAGAAAGCUGCCAAAAUCAAGAAAAAGGCGAGUGCCGAUGGAGAUGCUCAGACUCUCACCGAGGUCGAUCUGUUCAUCUCCACCCAGAGGAUCAAAGUCCUCAAUGCAGACUCACAAGAAACAAUGAUGGACAAUGCUCUGCGCACCAUCUCCUACAUCGCUGACAUUGGGAACAUCGUGGUCCUGAUGGCCAGACGCCGAAUGCCUCGAACAGCCUCACAGGACUGUAUCGAAACUACACCUGGUGCACCUGAGGCAAAGAAGCAGUACAAGAUGAUAUGCCAUGUCUUUGAAUCUGAGGAUGCCCAACUCAUUGCUCAGUCCAUUGGACAGGCAUUCAGUGUGGCCUACCAGGAGUUCCUGAGAGCCAAUGGCAUCAAUCCCGAGGACUUGAGUCAGAAGGAGUACAGCGAUAUCAUCAACACACAGGAAAUGUACAAUGAUGACCUCAUUCACUUCUCCAACUCUGAAAAUUGUAAAGAGCUGCAGCUGGAGAAGAGUAAAGGGGAGAUCUUGGGUGUGGUGAUCGUAGAAUCUGGCUGGGGCUCCAUCCUGCCCACAGUUAUCUUAGCCAACAUGAUGAACGGCGGGCCGGCAGCUCGCUCUGGCAAGCUCAGUAUCGGAGACCAGAUCAUGUCCAUCAACAACACCAGCCUAGUGGGGCUGCCGCUCGCCACCUGUCAGGGAAUCAUUAAGGGCUUAAAGAACCAGGUUCAGGUGAAAAUGAACAUUGUUAGCUGCCCUCCUGUAACCACAGUCCUCAUCAAGAGACCAGACCUGAAGUAUCAGCUGGGCUUCAGUGUCCAGAAUGGCAUCAUAUGCAGUCUGAUGCGAGGAGGCAUUGCUGAGCGAGGUGGGGUCCGCGUGGGUCACAGGAUUAUUGAGAUCAACGGGCAGAGUGUGGUGGCCACAGCACAUGAGAAGAUUGUUCAGGCCCUGUCCAAUUCUGUUGGCGAGAUCCACAUGAAGACCAUGCCAGCAGCCAUGUACAGGCUUCUUACAGGACAGGAGACGCCGAUGUACAUAUAAGCAGCAACCAUUUCAUUUGUCUAUUUUAAUUUCUUUGGGCUGACCACUUCAAUUCUUCAUCAUCUCUUCCUUGUCUGUGCUUAACAUGCAGCAGCCAUAUUCAUGUCAGGAGAUGCUUAAUCCAUCUAAACAAGCUGAAGAGGCAGCGUGUGUGUAAAAACCGUUAAUUUAAUUUUUCUGUCUGUUUUUUUUUUUUUGUUUUUUUUUUUUGGUCAAAUCAGUGUGGACAGUUAUCGAGUGAAUGUGUCACAUUUUUUUUUUAUUCAUGUAAUGCAAUAUAAUAUCCCUGCUAUACUUUUUAUAUAGUUUCAUUUUCCUCUUACUUAAUUUAUUCCCAUGUAAAUACAUAUUUUGCUAAUAUUGCGACUGAAGGCAGUGGGGAGGGUGGAGCCACAGCUGCAUUGUAAAUAUUUACUGAAUCCUGCUGUUGAGUUGAAAGCAGACCACGAUGAUGGCAAAGGCACAAUUACAUGCCAGAUUUCACCGUGGCUGCCCGCAAAAAGAGGGAUGCGUUCGUGUUUGAAUAUGUACUGUACAUGUGAAUCAAACCAAUGCUUGCAGCAGGGGUUUAUGGGAGAAACGCCAUAUCCUGUUUUGAUUUACGGCAUUUUAAGGCAAUACACAAGUUCAGCCUCUGAACAACAAGUCUUUUCUAAAUAUCAUGUAUAAAACACACAUUUAGAUAAGAAGCAACAAUUAACAUGCAUUAAUUAUGCUUUUGAUAUCAAGUCAUAUGUAUGAAGAAUGACGUUUCUUUCGUCUGCCACUCUCCUGGUUGGUCAUCUUUGUUGUUCUGACUGAAUCUCAUGCAUACGAGUGGACUGUGAAUGUAACUGUGUUGUGCAAGCUGUCUCAUUGCCAUAAGCAGUAUUAGAAUGUCUGUACAUAAAAGGAAACUCGUCUAGUAUUGUGCUCAUGUUAAAGAAAAAACAAACAACAGGUUUAGUCACUGCAACAAUCCGCCUAACUGUACAUUGGCCAUUGGGCUUGAGAAGGACAGAGAGCUGUGAAUCACACACUGUGACAGAAACAAAGCCUUACCAUGGAGUAAUGGUCUAACUGCAUUGUGUUAAAUUUUAACCGUACAAACUUUGUCUGUGUGCAUGCCUCGUAAAGUAGUAUCAUGUCAUUGUGGCAAGAUAAUAAAACCUGGGCUGAACCUGG